AUGUCUUUUACAAAUACUGGUGAUACUCAAUGCUGGACCAUUGAAAAUGCUCUGCUAUUGUUGACCCACAACACUGGAGAGACCGAAAUUUUGGACUUGGUAAAGAAGUUUCUUGUUCAAAACAAAUCACUUUGGAUCGGAUCAACAUUACCGUUCAAAAAAACCAAGGCUUCGAAGGACGUUGACUUUAGCGAUAACGCCAAGUUCCAAUUGCGUAGUGCUGAAUACAGCAUUGGGACCAACAGUUUGAAAUUCAAAAAAUACACAGACAAAAUAACAGAGGGACUCAAUGUUGAUGAGCAAGAGGUCGUGAGAGUGAUUAUACAGACAUCAGAGAGAGUGCCAGAAGAGCUUGGUGAGAGUUCAGACUCUGGUACUCAAUUAUUCAAGGACAGGGAUGAUCUAGAGAAAACCACAUUCUAUGCCUCCAAACUUCUUAGAGAAAGGCGAUUUGUUCUUCAGAUCAUGAGUCUGCUAUUGAGGGAAAGCGAUUCCGAGGAAAUGUCCAACUUCUUGGAGAUUUCAGAGUCUAUUGCUAGUGGAGCUUCUCAGAUAGUUUCCGGUCUUGUCGACGAGCUUGAAACUCUGAUGGGUUUCAUCAAGAAUUUAGACUCCUCUUCAUCUUCUCUGUCGAGAGCGACUUUCCAGGAAAAUGUUAAUACUAUCAUUGAUCUAGCAAAGUUAUUGGCGACUCUCAUCGUUGGCAGUGACAAUAGGGUGGGCCUCUCUUCACAAAACAUAGUGAAAUGGUUCAAACUCAUGGAUCGCACGGAUUAUGGUUCUAGUUUGUCUAAAAGGAUUCCCGGCGCUACUCUCACUACUUGCCAAGCUCUAUUCACCAUCAUCUCUCUUCUGUUCAUUGAUCUUGACUAUAACUACGGAAGCCUGGAAGACGAUGCCACAUACAUGAACAAACCGCAGAUUAUCACAGAAAUAACGCAUUGUUUGGACUCUUCGCCUACUAACCCUAUUGUCCUCUAUGCAUGGGCAAUAGUAAUGCAUAGGAAAUGGGCUGUCAUUCAAGAGUAUCCUGAUCACGAACUCUCGCUCAGCUUCAGACAGGCUGUAAAACCCGACUUUCUGACGAUCAGCAACACUUGUGCUGCUAAGGCUGCGGAGCUUGACGUUUUCUCUGCUCUGUUGAAAUGCCACUCAACUCUGGAGUUUGACUAUUUCUAUCCCUCGAUCAUUGCGUCGUUUGUGAUUUCGAUGGUUCCAUACGCACGUUUGAGCGACGGUAUGGCCAGUGCCGUACUUAAGAUCAUGGGUGAUGCUCCUGACUCUGUUAUAGAACGCUUUUUUGCUGAGCAAAGUACUGAGAAUGCGCUUAUCGUUGCAAGAGCAAAGGUGCCGUUGUCGCUGACGCGUUUUCUUCAACUCAUUGGCAUCAACGCUUCACUUGCCAUGGAGGAACUGUGCACUUUACGAUCUUAUAUGGAGGUGUUUCAGGAAGACGAGUUUUACUAUAAAUACAAAACUGAUGAGGUGACGCCAGGUCUGAUCAGACUGACUCAAGACAUUGACGUUUACCCUCCAUUCGAAGAGUUGCAUGAUCUUUCUCUGCUGUUGAAGGAUGGUACAAGAGGACAGCUUAUCCCCUCGCAGGAUAAAUCAAAGAGUGUCGUGACUUUCCUGUACGAGUACAAUGGCUGGUCACUGAUGGGAAGAAUUUUGCAAAACAUAUCAAGGCAUUACAACAAAGAUGAUAAGGAAAAGCUUGAAACCAUAUCCAGUAUUUUGGCAGCAAUGACUCGUGUUACAAAUGAGCUGGAUGAGCAGACUUCUUCUGAGGUAUAUGGCUAUAUGAGCGCAUUCAUUGAUGAGACCGACGUGAUUGAGGUGAUAUUCCGUGUUUUUGACCAGGCCCUGGCAUCCAGAAAUAUGGAGACGAUGGUUUCUUGUGUCACUUUCUUCUCUGCCCUGGCUCUAAGACACCCAAACAGAAUCUGGCCUUACUUGUCGCUGUCACUCUUCUUGGGAGGAAAACUUAAUGGUGGUCUUGCUACUACUUUGCUUGGUUCAGUAGAGAUGGCCGAAGGUGACUUUUCGUUGACGCUAGCAUUCAUCGACCUGACGAAAGCCUUGAUCAAGGACUGCUUCACUUUGAAGAACGAUGUGGCUGAAAGACUCAAAUCUGAUGUCCUGGCUAAGGCUGUGACACAUCUGAUUCAUGUCUUUGAGGGUUUCUCAUUUUGGAGGUACAAUGAGGGACAUCAGAAAAUGGAGAUUGGAACCGGCAUCAUCCAAAUAUUCAGAGAGAUCUUACUCUCUAUGUAUGGUGUUGAUGAGAACAGUUCUCUUGAUUCAAAGGUUACCAGAUUAUUUGUUCCGUCUGCGAAGAAGAUAGUUGAAACAUUCUUAGUUUCUGACCUUAAGGACGUCAGGUCCACCAAGUCUUUAUUCUUGAUGAUUCAAAAUUUGGCAGCAUUUCCAUCCCAGUAUCAAACAUCUGACAAGACGGGAUAUUGGUACGAUAAAUGGGUGUCCUCUGUCUUUGAUUUUGCGGUUCUUUUGGUUGAUAUCAGACCUGUUGUCCAGAGUAUGCAACCUUCAACGUUCGAGCUUUCUCUCUUCAUUGAGUUGCCCAGAUUGGUGGAGAUUUAUUGUCAAUACAACUCCCUUAGAUCCAGAGUGAUUGCGCUGAUGACUAGUCUCGUGAGUGGUUCAUGGCCCGAAGAACCUCCCUCAUUAUUGGCACAUCUUGGACAAGAGCAUGCAAAUGUCUUACUGAGGAGCAUGGCAUAUGAUCUGAAUAAUGCAUUUGAGGAUUACCCUCUGAGAAUCGCAUUGUACGAUUUUUUCUCCGCAGUGAUGCAGGGGAACCAGGAAGGACUAUCAAUUGUGCUUAUUACUGGAAAAGAUAUCAAGGAUUGGCUCUUAGAAGAAAGACAGAAAGCACCAAAGGAUACCCCCAGGUACUCUCUUUCGUUACUCAGCAUAUUCAAGAAGUCUGUCUCCCAGAUUGGGAAGCUACCUGACUAUGUCGCGCUCCAUCUUGUUGAAGCUAUCGCGUUAGCAUUCAAUUCGUGGGCGGCGGUCAGGGAAGGGGGAGAUGAUACACCAUUUCUCAAGCAGCUUAUUGAUGAACUUAAAGCCCGUUCGGCAAAAUCAAGCAAAGCUCUUAAUGAGAACUCUGACUACAUCUCAAAAUGCUAUGAACUAAGGUUGGUUUCGAAGAUUGCCGAAAUUCUUUCUCUGUAUCUAUUUGUGUCUCAGGAAUCCAGCUCAAGAAAGCUGAUCGCUGAUCUCAUACACUCCAAGGAAUUCAUCAAUAUUGCCAAAGAACAGUUCAAGAUUGAUGGUUAUCGGAGCUCAUUACAUGCAAACUUGGAGAACAAUUUUGAGAAGAAGUACAGUGGCUUAUCGUUGAAACAGUUUACCAAGGCAUCCUUUCUGGUCAGAAGCAAAUUUGCAGAGAGUGCGACGUACGCUUUGCCCCUCAUGGAUCAGCUUUUUGACACCGACGCUUAUUGGGCAAAUUAUCGUGAAGAGAUUGUCCUCGCGAGUGUUAAUCUCCAGUAUGUUUCUGCACAAAUUACCAGCGCAAAGGCAUAUGGGGCUCUUUUGACGUCAUACUGCAACACAAAUGAUACCUUGGUCGACCAGACCUUCAUAGAUCUGGUUACACAUUUGCUGAAGUUGAAUAGCGAGCAGGACCUGCCGAUUGAAAUGUUCAAGGGUUUAUACAAAGAAAGGAUGGAGUUGGCGUUUUUGAUGUCGUUUGCGUUCUCGAAAUCUCUCAAAUCUGGUUCUGAUGAUACUACUGCUUUUGCGCUCAUCAAUGCGGUUUCUUUGAUCUUAUUCUCCACAGAAUUGGGAAUGACCGAUUACUGGGGCAAAUAUGAGGUUGCCUACUACACUCCGUUGUUGAGGAUACUGCUUAUUGGUCUCAAUCUUCUGGACCCAAACACAAAGCUCUUCGUCGAGCAUUCGGGCAAGUUCAUUGAUAUCUUCAGCAUUGUCGUUUCGCGCUCUGCCAAAACUGUGUUUUACUCUGUCUUGAACGAGGCUGUCAACUCAACUUCAGCAAAGGACUUGAGUGGCUCCACCACUGUGACCUCUGAGAUUGCUGAUCUCUCAUUGACCUUUUCGAUAUUGAAGGCCUAUUUGAGACUCAACUUGCCUUCAUCGAUGUCAUCGGCCAUUUCCAAUUCUCUGUCUUCGAACGGAACAUUGAAGGCGGGACUGAGCUUGUACUCAUGCUCACAUCUGAUAAAGGUUGACAACGAGGAAAUCUUUGCUGACUUGACUUUGAUGUUCAUCUACGAGCUGGUAUCGGUGCGUCCAAUUGCUGAACAGCUGAUUAGGCAAGGUUUGCUUUCUGUGUUGACUGAGAGUCCAAUCUCAGUUCGCAUUCGCAAUGGAGGUAUUUCUCCAACAACUUCACCGAGGUUGCACCAUGUGUGGAGUAAUGGACUUUUAUCGGUUAUCUUGACAUUGCUGUGCACUUUCAAGGAAAGACUUCUCCCAGAAGCCCUGUUUUUCGUCUCGUCGUUCUCAAAUCAAAUCACUUCCACCAUGCAGAAUUGGAAGUCGGACUCCAUAGUCAUCAGUACCCCGGUGAUACAAGAGACUGCGCAGAUCAUACUCUUGCAUAAACUGUUGAACUCCAUGAACGCAGACGAGGUAUUCAAGACGCAAUACGCCCAGCCGCAGAGAAGCUUUCAGUCGAUCUUUGAGCUUGACACCAAGGACCAGAAGAACGACUUUGUUGGGGUCAUGAACUAUCUGAUAUCGCAUCCAAAAUUCCUUUCGAUCAGAUUCUUCCCAACAUCACCAGAAGAGCAACGUCUGUUGAACUCGGAUGGUAAGGCAGUGCUUAUAGAGAGGCUGAUACAGGAGUUCAGGGGACUCAAGGAAUCGAUAUUGACUUGA